UCCCUCUCAACUCUUUCCUCGCACACAACCGCGCAAUGCUCGCCGAGACCUCGCUCCUCGUCGCGGGCGUGCUCUUCCUCCUAGCGCUGGCCCACCGGCGCCCGCACGUCGCGAGCGACUUCGUGACCGGCAAGCCGGGGUCCAAGCCUUUGCCCUACCCGCCCGCUAGGUGGCCGUACGACGGACCGCUCGGCCUGCUGAACUUCCUGUGUUUCUGGGUCAAGAGCAUUCUCGCGUGCGGCGCACCGGUCGUGUUUUGGGUCAAGCCGACGUGGUCGCUGCGCCAGAUGGGGCGGUACGACAGCAAGGUCGUCCUCGUCACGGGCGGCGCAAGCGGCAUAGGCUAUUCGACCGCCAAGGCGUGGUUCAACGCCGGCGCAAAAGUGUACAUUGGUGCGCGGUCGCCCGAGCGCGCAGCCACGGCCAUCGAGAACAUCCUGCGGGGCGGCGAGCCGAACCUGUUCUUCGAGUGGGAGUAUGCGGCUCCUGUGCCCGUGCGCUCGGCUGCCGACCGCGCCCGGCUCGUCUUCCUCCCCAUGGACUUGGAGGACCUGGCGUCGGUCGAAGCGGCAGCGGACAAGUUUAUUGCGGCGGAGGAGCGCCUCGACAUCCUGUACGCGAACGCUGGCCAGAUGGCGCUCGAGCCGGGGUCGUACACCAAGCAAGGGGUGUCGAUGCAGUUUGGCGUGAAUACCCUCGGCCACGCGCGCCUCUACGCGCGCCUCAUCCCCCUGCUGCAGGCGACGACGCGGCGCGACCCCGCCCAUCCGGCACGCGUGAUCACCAUCUCGUCGCUCAACCACCUGUCUGCGCCGAUCGGCGGGGUCAAGUACGAUGCGCUGAGGGUGCCAGGCACUCCAGUGGACAUGUGGAAGGAGUACGCGAUGAGCAAGUGGGCGAAUAUUGCGCUGGCAAAGUACGUCGACUGGCACUACGGCCCUCGCAACAACAGCAGCACGUCCCCCGAGAUCAUCUCCAUCGCAGUCCACCCAGGCAUGGUGGCCUCGAAUAUCUGGAAACACCUCUCCUAUGCUGGGCUGUUCGCCGCCAUGCCCUGGCUUGUGAAGCUGCUCAACUUCUCGCAGGCGGACGGCGCGCUCAACCAGGUCUGGGCGGGCCAGCUGAGUGUCGCUGAAGCGCGCGCGCUGAGCGGGCGAUACGUCACAUGCUAUAUGCGCGAGGGCGAGUACCGCGCCGAUCUGGACGACCGCGCCGCGGCCGAGGGGCUGUGGGCUUGGUGUGCCGACCAGCGGGUGUAGCGAGGCGUGGGUGGGAUAGAACUUAUAUAGACGGGGCCGAUGAAUGUGAUGCCGGC